GCGCAGAUAACUCCGCUUCGCGCUCGGAUUCGUUCUGAACAAUUCCAGCUUCAAGGAAUGGGCCUACAUACACGUCAGGCAAUGGCACACAGCCUUGACACCAGGCCCACCGUGGAAGACUUCCGCGAAGACAGUCCGUGGGUGCAACUGGCAAAGACUCACUGGCCCGAGGCGUCGAAGGCCCGCAAAAUCAAGCCGGAUACCAUCAAGAAAGAGAUAUGGGAUCCUCUAGAGGCCGAGAAUUUUAGCCUUCACUCUCUUCUCGCCCUGGAGAACCUGAAUAUACUAGAAAGGUUUCUUUGGCCUGCCUACUCAGAAGAAGCUUCGAAUUACCACGUGCUGUUAUUAACGCACAUCGUGAGCGUCAAGCAACGCGAGCAUUUGCCGAUAUGGAGUACCUUUUCCGAGAGACCUGACGAUUUUUCGAACUUGUUUCACCGAAUCCUCUCCAUGAGCAUUGAUCAAUCGAUUCCUACAUCUUCGCGCCUGUCUAUAAUGUCGUUCAUCAUCAGUGCCUUCCAGUCACUCGAAAAUGUUCUAAUACGAAAAGAAUGCGCCCCCCUCGUUUCUAUAUCAAUAUGGCACAAUCUAUCUAGUGAUGAAGCUAGGGACCGUGUACUUUCGAAGGGUCCAACGCUGAAGAAGACCUGGAGGGCGGCUGCAAAACGAUAUGAAGCGGGAGAUGAAACAUCGAAGGCGAAAGCGCGAUUCGAACGAUCAUGGCUAUACACGAUGCUUCUCGAUUUUCUGCGGAGGCUGACCGGGUCUGAGAAGGACCAAUCGGAUAACCUCCGCUACUGCGAGCGGUUUCUCGAAUUUCUGGUGGACCUGGAAAGUCAACUGCCCACCAGGCGCUACGUGAACACGCUGCUAAAAGAUCUCAACUUGCUUUCUGUCAUUCGCUUAUCACAGUUGUAUUGCGCCCCGGAGAACACGCUAUUCCGGGAUCUUUACGGUCUUCUAGUACAUUUUGUCAAUUUCGCCAUCGAUGACCAUACGGGGGAGACUUUGUCUCCUCAGGCGGUGUAUGAGGUCCAUUGCCAGGAGCUGUCACAUCUGCAGAGGAUUUCAAUGAAACUUUUCAAGGAUAAACUGAUGAUUCUUGCUUUAUCAAACUAUGGCUCCAUUGAGCAACGUUCUGAACUGGAGGGGCAACUGGCCUCUUUGGACGAGCCAGAGCUGCAGAAUCUUUGUUCACAUCUUGGCUUUCGAACCGUUUACCCCAGUCAGUCUCAAGUCUUACCCAACCGGCAGCUGUACCUUGAAAUUAUCUUGGCUUCCUAUGAACGAAAGACGUCUUUCCAAGAAACAUCCUCGCAUCUUGCUAUUCUCCCUACAGAAGAAAACCUCUACGACCCGGCAUUGCUUCGAAACGAAACAUAUGAUGGAUCGCGGCCAAUUGCAAUCCCGAAAUUGAAUCUUCAAUAUUUAAGUCUUGGUGAUUUCCUUUGGCGUUCAUUUGUUCUAUAUCGCUCUGAGGCUUUUUUCCAAGUCCGCAAAGAUAUGGAAGCAAUAGUCAAGCGAAUGCAACCACGGGCUAGUCGGGAUGGAAAAGGCCCAACCUUUGAAGGGUUUUCUCGCAUGGCUAUUCCGAUUUCCAAGCCUGCAAUCAUUGAAGUUGCACCCGCUAAGGUUGGUUCGGCAAAUCCGGCUUUCGUGAGAGCAGAGAUCACUAUUGAAGUUGGGAGACUAGCCGACCACAUUAGAAAGGAUUGGGAGUCUCUCCGCACUGAUGAUGUGGUUUUCCUGUUGGCUGUGCAAUCUGGGGGCCCAGGCACACUGGAGGCUCUUGACUCUACCUCGACUGAUAGCCCCCGUAUCACCCACGUUCGGACGGCCGAAAUUGUGCAGGUGCUUGAUGAAAACGGCCGUCCGAUACGCGAGCCUGCCUUAAACCAAACAAACGGGUUUAAGUCCAGAGCGCGUGUUAGGAGGUUGUUGGUCAACCUAGAUCCGGCUGCUUUCAAGGCCGACAAAGACCACAACAUGCAAGGCAAGGCGGAUAUCUACCCAUUGAUAAAUGUUGUCGCCAGAAGGAAAGGGAGGGAAAAUAAUUUCAAGUCAAUACUUGAGACCAUGCAAAAGCUUAUUGUUUCAAACAUUGCCCUUCCCUCUUGGGUCCAGGAUAUUUUCCUGGGCUACGGCGACCCGGCGGGGGCUCGAUAUACGGAAUUGUCCAACCGACUCUCGUCUGUCGAUUUCCGAGACACUUUCAUAAACUGGCAGCAUCUAGUGGAAAGUUUUCCAGGCAUGGCUAUUGAGCCUUCGGGAGAGCAGGGCUCGAGCUUCGGGCCUCCAUACGUCCUUGAAUACAUUGAACCCGCCCAGCCACAAGCCUCUACCACCAACACGUCGAAAAAACGCCGGCGAGAUCAGGCCGAAAGACAGCAGACAGCUCCCAAAUCGCUUCGUGUAUCGACCUAUAACCCGCCGAACCGUGGACCUUAUCCGAUCGAUGCCCCCAAGCUCAAUUCCAUCCCCUUCACCCCGGCCCAGGCAGAAGCUAUCGCAUCUGGCACCCAACCUGGUCUCACUAUCGUCGUUGGCCCCCCGGGAACCGGCAAAACGGAUGUUGCAACCCAGAUCAUCAACAACAUCUACCAUAACUUCCCAAAAGAGCGUACUCUGCUUAUUGCACAUAGUAACCAGGCCCUGAACCAACUGUUCCAGAAGAUCGUUGCUCUGGACAUUGAUGAGCGCCAUCUCUUGCGUCUUGGUCACGGUGAAGAGGAGUUGGAAACCGAGACGAGUUACAGCAAGUAUGGGCGUGUCGAAUCGUUCUUCGACAACCGGAAUUAUUUCCUAUCUGAAGUUACACGGCUGGCAGCAUCCAUUGGGGCACAGGGGGCUCACGGAAGCUCUUGUGAGACCGCCGGAUACUUCAACACUGUUUACAUCCAACCUGCGUGGGCGAAGUUCUGGGACAAUGCCCGCGUCGACAACGCCUCCACAGGAAAGAUCAUUGCGGACUUCCCAUUCCAUGCUUUCUUUUCAAAUACUCCCCAGCCUGUUUUCGACCCUUCGGCUCCGAAGGACGUGGUUCUGGAUGCGGCAGAAGGCUGUCAACGGCACAUUUCCAAGAUAUUCUCCGAGCUCGAAGAUAUCCGGCCUUUUGAGAUUUUGAGACAGCCUAAAGAUAAAGCAAACUACCUCCUAGUCAAAGAAGCACGGAUUAUCGCGAUGACAUCCACACACGCUGCGAUGCGCCGUCAGGAGAUUGCCGACCUUGGCUUCCAUUAUGACAACGUUGUUAUGGAAGAAGCAGCGCAAAUCACAGAAGUCGAGAGUUUUAUUCCCACGGCUUUACAGAACAUGAAGGAUGGCCAGCUCCCCUUGAAGCGCAUAGUUCUUUGUGGUGAUCACCUUCAAAAUUCUCCGAUCGUGCAGAACCAUGCCUUCCGGCAAUAUGCGCAUUUCGAACAGAGUCUUUUCCUUCGCCUCGUCCGACUGGGGGUUCCUGUUAUCGCACUUGAUCAACAGGGACGCGCGCGGAGUAGUAUUGCUGAGCUCUUCCGGUGGCGUUAUCAGCAUCUUGGGGAUUUGCCUGUCGUCAAAACAGCCGAGGAAUUCAAACAGGCAAAUGCUGGCUUUCAGUUCGAUUACCAAUUCAUCAAUGUCCCUGAUUACCAGGGCUCGGGCGAAAGAGAGCCCACGCCGCAUUUCAUCCAGAACCUAGGAGAGGCGGAAUAUGCGGUUGCUAUCUACCAAUAUAUGCGACUUCUCGGCUACCCAGCAUCGAAGAUAUCUAUCCUUGCCACUUAUGCGGGACAAACAGCAUUGAUCAAGGAUGUUUUGGGGCACCGUUGUAGCAAAAAUGCUCUCUUCGGUAUGCCCAAAAUCGUAACUACGGUGGACAAGUAUCAGGGUGAACAGAAUGAUUAUGUAAUUCUUUCCCUCACUCGCACUCGUACAAUCGGAUACCUUCGUGAUGUCCGUCGGCUGACCGUUGCCCUUUCUCGUGCCCGCCUCGGUCUCUAUAUCCUUGGUCGCCGCGAGGUUUUGGAGUCGUGCUACGAACUUAAACCCGCGUUCGAUCUUUUGUUCCGGCGACCGGACAAACUCAUGCUCGCCGCAGGAGAAAUGUUUCCGACCACACGAUCUCUUGAUGAUGAGGUCCAAGGCACACCCAUGGAAGGGGUUGAGCACCUGGGCCAGUACGUCUUCGAAAUGACCCAGGCUAAGCUGAAGGCCAUGGGCAAUCAAGAUGUUGUCGUUGAAGACGCAAUGCCAGAUGGUGCGGAUGAACUGAUGGAUGAAGAUGAAGUCAUGUUGGGGGCUGGUGAAGAGCCACAAGAUGACGAUCCAUUGCAUGAGCAUGUAUUAGGUGCAAACUAAAAGGAACGGCCGCUUUUUAUUCAGAAGGACUCAGUAUCGGAUAUAUUUUUGCCUUUGAUCUCGAAAACUCCAACCUCAUGAUAUCGUGAGUCUUGUGGGCAUCGGGCGGCUCUUGGUGUUUAUCUAUGUUUCAUGAUUAUGUUCAUUUACAUCUAUGUAUUUGGUUGGUGAUUGCUGUUGAUUAUUUGCAACGGGAAAAUUAACCUCCUUUGGGGUGUGAUUUCGC